GUAGUAGGAGUGUAGAGUGUUCCUGAGAAAUCUAAUCUCAAGCUUGUGUGUGUGAUCUGAGCCAGGUAGCAGCAGCAAGCGCUUAGUGCAGGAGGAUCGGAGAUGGUUCACCUCGGCGAUAACCAGACAGCAAUCCUCCUCUGCCCGCCCGCCAUUGACAUGUACAUCCAGAACCUCACGUCGUCCUACACCGAGAAGAGCAACGAGGCCAGCAUGGUGUCCGCCUCCGUCAUCAUGUUCGUCCUCGCCGGCCUCUUCUUCAACCUCAACCUCUUCAGCGGUCUCUCCGACGUCAGCGCCACCCUCGACCCCAAGGUCCGCCUCUUCCUCUCCUCGGCGCUCUCGCUCCUGCUCCCCGUCAUGUCCUACCUCUUCUCCGAGGCCAAGAACGCCGGCUCCUCCGCCGCAGGCGCCCGCGCCGGCGAGCUCUCGCUGGGCGCCCUGAUGAUCCUGGCGUGGAUGCUCCUGGUGGAGCUCCUCCGCAAGAAGGUGGACGAGAUCCGGAUGCGCGGGUACUCGGGCUCCAUCCAGCGCGCCGGCCGCGUCGUGCUGCUGGGGAGCUUCAUCUUCUUCAACAUCAAGACCGCCGGCCGGAAGGCGGCGUUCAGCAUCCUCUGGAUCAUCUGCGCCACCAGGGUGGUGCAGAGGAUCGCCUUCACCGAGAUCGGCAAGUACUCGUACGCGCAUGGCAAGAACGCCCGCCUCAUCAACUCCUACAUGGCCAAGAUCCUGAAACAAGAGGACCAAGCUGUCCACCAGGUCCAGGAUGGACACGAGCUGCUGAAGAGCUGCAGGUACAUUGUGAUGGGAGAAGAGAGGAUGGUGCAGGAACCCACUGCAGAUGGCUACAAGCUGGACAUGACCACCCUCGAUGGUGACAGUAGCAUCGUCACUGUUGGCAAAGUCUGGAAGCUCGACGAGAACAGCAACACGCUCUUCACCACCCCUGACCAAGUCCAACGCCUCAAGAGACUCUGCCUCUCCUUCGCUCUCUUCAAGCUGCUGCGCCGGAAGUUCGAGCACCUGCCGGCGGUGACCGACGAGGAGGCGCAGGACUGCCGGGACCUCAUCCUGAAAGGCCUGCUGCGCGGCAACAAUAAUGGUGGGAUCGCCGCCGCAGCAGAGGAACUGUUCCAGGUGAUCAACGACGAGGUCAUCUUCCUCAGCGAGUACUACCACUCCGUCGUCCCCGUCGUCCUCGCAAGCCCCUUCUUCCUCCUCGUGAACUACUUCCUUGUCCUCAUAGUCGUAGCCGGCUUGUGCAUCAUGGCCAUUAUUCUCUGCGGCAACGGAGACGCCAUCUAUGCGUUCAUGAGCAUCGGCGCAGACAACUACACUUUGCACUCCGGCAUCGGCAGGGUAGCUGUAUGCCUCAUCAUCAAAUCCAGGAACUCGCCGGAAGCCUUCUUUUCCGUCGUAGACAUCUCCAUCACAAUCCUUCUGUUCAUCAUCUACUUCUACGAGGAGAUCUGGGAGUUCUUCGUCUUCAUCCUCUCCAACUGGUUCAUGGUCUCACUGGUCUGCAGCUACAUGGCCAAACCCCAGUGGCGUGAGAGCCCUUCCAUUCGGUACGCCAUCCACCGGAUCGUCUGGCUACGGAGCAAGCUGAACCAUGGCAGCCUUAGCUUCCGGCAGUUCUCGGUGCUGAACAUCCGGUGGCCAAUCAGAUUGCCAUUCUAUUCAACACUGUCCUUACUGUUGGGGACAGAAUUGGUGCCGAAUAAUCUGAAGCAAUCGAUCAUAGAUCAUCUUGUGGAUCAUCAUGACCGUCAUCGUACCGGCACCGCCUACUCUACUCCUCUUACGAAUGGCAAAUCCGCCCUGCAGAGGAACUACCUCUUUGACAAGCUCUCAUGGGCGUGCCAGAGCGACAGCGUUUCAGAGGUGUUCCUCACAUGGCACAUCGCCACCGGCAUCUUGGAAGUGAAGUGUAGCAGCAACAAGCAGCUUCCUGAAGCGGCGGCGAGCAGAGCAGCGGUCAGGCUGUCCAAGUACUGCGCCUACUUGGUGGCCUUCCACCCGGAGCUGCUGCCGGACAACCCGGAGAAGGCGGAGCGGGUCGUGGAGGGCAUGAAGGCGGAGCUGAGCAGCAUCUUCUGGUGGUGGGAGUACUACCUGUGCUCCCAGCGCGCACGGGUGAGCAAGAUCAUGGGAGCAGCAGCUGCUGAAGGCCAGCAGGGUGAUCAUCAUCAGAUGAACGGGGUUGUGAGGAACGGCGCGAGGCUAGGGGGUUUGCUAGUGGACGUAGCUCGGAGCCAUGGCCCGGAAGCGGCGUGGAAGCUGGUGGCGGACGUGUGGACGGAGCUCGUCGUCUUCGUGGCGCCGUCGGGCGAGGAGGAGCGCGUCAAGGGGCACGGCAACGUCCUGGUGCAGGGAGGCGAGUUCAUCACCGUGCUCUGGGCGCUGGCCACGCACAUCGGCGUGUCCCGCGAGGCCAACAAAAGAUCGGUGAAGACUUUGGAGGACCUGAUGGGUGAGUCCAUGCGUGCGCCCCUGCCUGUUGACGGCGCCAUGGAGAUAAGCAUGAUGUAG